GAGCCAUAUAAUAGACAAAUACCCUCAUAUAAAAAAUAAAUUAAACCAGUGUGGUAGAGCUCGUUGGAGGAAGACGUGGAAUCUUAUAGAAUAUCUGAAUAUGGAAUAUAGAUUAUAUACGUACUGCAAUAAUACUAUAUACUCUUGCCAUACAUAAACAAACGAUAGAACACAAAUUUCAUGAUACUUGCAAAUUGCAAUCUCCCACAAUUUUUUUUAUAUAUAUAUAAAAUAUAGUAUUUACGCUCAAUCACCAUAAUUCGAACAAUAAAAAGCUUAUUCCUCCUCCUCCGCCGCCGCCUCCGGCCAUGGGGAUUUUCGCCUCCAAGCCAGUUCCGAAGCCCAACCCCUACGCCAGAAAAGAAGCACCAGAGUAUUCGGAGCCUCCGACGCCGGCGGAGACACCGCGGAGGAGGCCAAAUCCCCCGCCGUCGCCGGCGAAGCACCUGAUGGCGGUGCUGCUGAGGAGGCACGCGUCGAUGAAGCCUAAUGCGGCGGAGAUAGCAGAAGGGGCGGAGGCCGGUUUGGAUAAGAGCUUUGGGUUAUCGAAGAAGUUCGCAAGCAGGUUCGAAGUGGGAGAAGAGGUGGGGCGGGGGCAUUUUGGGUAUACCUGCUCCGCCAUUGCCAAGAAGGGUGACCUCAAAUCUCAAAAACUCGCCGUCAAGAUCAUUCCCAAGUCCAAGAUGACGACGGCUGUUGCUAUCGAAGAUGUUAGGCGAGAGGUUAAAAUAUUGCGCGCCUUGACAGGACACCGGAAUCUGGCACGAUUUCACGAGGCAUUUGAAGAUUCCGACAACGUCUAUAUAGUGAUGGAAUUGUGUGAAGGGGGAGAGCUCCUUGAUAGGAUACUUCAAAGAGGCGGGAAAUUCUCCGAAGAUUAUGCAAGGACGAUCAUCGUACAGAUUCUGAACGUCGUAGCAUUCUGCCACCUCCAAGGAGUGAUCCACCGCGAUAUUAAGCCGGAGAAUUUCUUGUUCUCCUCCAAACAUGAAGAUUCUGAAAUAAAAGCUAUUGAUUUUGGGUUAUCAGAUAUCAUCAGACCAGAUCAAAAGCUCAACGAGAUAGUCGGAAGCGCCUACUACGUCGCGCCCGAAGUUCUACGGAGAUCGUACGGCACAGAGGCCGAUGUUUGGAGCAUAGGCGUGAUAGCAUACAUACUACUAUGCGGCAGCCGCCCGUUCUGGGCUCGCACCGAGUCUGGCAUUUUCCGAGCAGUUCUUAAAGCAUGUCCACGUUUCGAUGACGACCCUUGGCCUUCAUCGUCGUCAGAGUCGAAGGAUUUUGUAAGAUGCCUGUUAUGCAAAGAUCCCAGCCGUCGAAUAACUGCUGCUCAGGCUUUAUGUCAUCCAUGGCUCCGAGAUCACGAGAAAGUGCAGCUCCAGCUCGACGUUCACGUGUUCAGACCCAUGAGAGCGUAUAUGCGCUCGUCGCCUCUGCGUAGGGCUGCGCUGAGGGCGUUGUCGAAGAUAUUGACGGCAGACGAGCUCUUCUUCCUUGAGAAACAAUUUGCAUUGCUGUGUCCGGAUGCAAAUGAAGGCAUAACUUUAGAGACCAUAAAGAAGGCGUUGAUGAGAAGCGCAACAGAGGUGAUGAAGGAGUCCCGGGUUCUGGAUUUCCUCGAGCCGCUAAACGCGCUUGGGUACAGAAAGAUGCACCGUGAAGAGUUCUGCGCAGCUGCAUUAAGCAUCCAUCAGCUGGAGAUAGGCGAUGGCUGGGAAGAACGAGCACAAUCUGCGUAUGAGAUAUUUGAGAAAGAUGGAAACAGGGCUAUUCUCAUUCAAGAACUAGCAUCCGAACUCGGGCUUAGUCCUUCGGUGCCAAUCCACACAGUUCUGCAAGAGUAUAUAAGACACAGUGAUGGGAAGCUGACCUUGCCAGGUUUCAUAAGACUGUUGCACAGCCUACGCCCAUGCUCACCUGCAAAGACACCGUAAGAGCUACAAGCAAGUUUUGGAUAACAAUGGUUAGUAUAAAUUGCAGCCCAGAACCAAGCACCACGCCUGUUUCUGUCCCUCAGUCCUCGUUUAUUCAUAUGAUCCCAUUUAUCAGUACAGUUCUAAAUACUUCGUGAGAGAGCAAACACAACUACACCGAAACUGUACAGAAGCGUUUUCUGCAUAGAGGUGGAGAACUUCAAAAUUCUGUCAUUUUUGUUUCAUUACCACACAAAUGUGAUGGUAUAUGUACAUUCUGAUUUCUGAUGCAAAUACCAUUCAAAUCUACCAUUUGCUGAUA